GUGUGCAAGAGUUCAUGUGAGUCAGCCACCGUAACGUGUAACAAACGGAGAGCUGUAUUAUGAUACUUAAAACACGUGAGACUGUGUAAGAUUGGAAUUAUGCCUGGCCACAUUCAUCAGCGUGGGGUUGUAGGUGUUGUGUCACGAUCAGGAACACUAACAUAUGAGGCUGUGCACCAAACUACACAGGUAGGACUAGGCCAGACAAUGUGUUUUGGAAUUGGUGGUGAUCCUUUUAAUGGAACUGAUUUUAUUGACUGCUUAGAAGUAUUCCUCAAUGAUCCAGAAACCAGAGGUAUUAUCUUGAUUGGAGAGAUUGGAGGACUAGCUGAAGAGAAGGCUUCUGAAUACUUGCUACAGCACAACACGGGAGACAAAGCCAAACCAGUAGUGUCAUUCAUUGCUGGAUUGACUGCACCUCCAGGCCGAAGAAUGGGUCAUGCUGGAGCUAUUAUUUCAGGUGGAAAAGGCGGUGCACAAGACAAGAUUAAUGCCUUAGAAAAGGCUGGAGUAAUUGUCACCAAAAGUCCAGCACAAAUGGGUGCAGAACUUUUGAAAGAGAUGAGACGACUAGGACUGGCCUAACUGCAUGGUGGCUGUAUUAAUAUUAUGUUAAUUGGUAGAUAUUUGUAUACAUAAAUUCAAUGUUUUUUACUGGAUUGUCAGUGCUUCAUGAGAGUAUAUACAUUUUCCCAACUCAGUCAACAGAAGUAAAAAUCAUUUGAUAUUUCCUGCCAAAGAUGAAGUUGUUACAGAAAGAUAUAUGUUUUAUAUGUGAUUAAAAGUAUUCUGUUUUCUCCUUUACUUUAAUGAUGAUAUAUUCACUUAAGAUAACCAACUCUGAAAAUGUAUUAAUGCUAGGAGAAAGUGUAUUAAAUUAUGUUAUUCACAUUAAACAUAAGAAUCUUUUAACAUCAUGUAUUAAUGCAAGGAGAAAGUGUAUUAAAUUAUAUUAUCCACAUUGAACAUAA